UGUGUAUGAGAGCAAAAAAAAAGAGUGACUGUGCAGUCAUGCUAAAAACUCAUUUGAAUUUAUGAAAGGGAGAAAGAGUGAUUCAGUUCUUUCACACCCUUUAUGAAUUUAAGAAAGAUAGAGAGUGAGUGAUUCAGUUCUUUCACACCCUUUAUUCAUUACACAUUUCACCUGCAAUGGCUGAAACUGGCUAAAGCACUCCACCCUGACCUGUGUGUCUAUGGAGAGCAAAAGAAGCUCCGAUCCCAAAUCCCUAAGUUAAAUUUCCUAAAUAUAUGAUGACACAAACAUCAAUCUUUUUGUUUAGGAAUGUGUGACUUGGCUACCUUGAGUUCAAGAUUAACACGAAAACCUGUUUAACUUGUUAAGUGCCUCAAGUGCAGAAGGUAUGAGGAAAUGAGACAACUUCACUUCACCUUUCAAUCUGUCUAGUUUUUAAUAUCACAUUUUUUAUUCAGUCUGUGUUUGUCCUCAUCUCCUGUAGAUUGUAUACGAAACCAUGCUCUAGGUGUGUGUGUUUAUGUUUCCUGUCUAAAACAAUGCAUUGCUAGACAAGUAUUUGUGAUUUCUAAACUAACUGGUGUGUCAAGUGUGUGUUGUGUCACGUGUGUGGGUGUGUUUAUACUAGAGAUUGAUUUCUGUAGGUGUGAAGAUAUGGGCGGGGUUGACCAUACCGGUCAUUGAAUCAGGUGGAGUGGAAGAGUCUUUAUAAGUGCAUUACCACGCUGUGCUUGUAUGUAUUAUCAUCUACCUUCUGAGACGGGCAGUCAGGGCGGGUAUUCUGGGGAAUAUGUUCAGCCUUGUUAAACUACCUCGUGUCUUCAACGUCCACCAGGUGCCCAAAGCAUUCCACGAGGACAGUAUCAUAUCUGGAUAUCGGCACCCUCGCAGUUCGGCCACAGACUGUGUGCUCAGUCUCUUUCAGCUCACCAAUGAAACCCUCAAUGUCUGGACACAUUUUCUACCAACAUGGUAUUUUCUAUGGAAGCUGAUGUCUGUGUUGUUGAUGGAGAAUGUGUGGUAUGAUGAAUAUACCUGGCCUCUGCUGGUCUAUCUAUUUUCCUGUUGUGUGUUCCCACUGGCCUCCAGCUGUGCCCAUACCUUCAGUAGCAUGUCUACUCGCGCCAGACAUAUCUGCUACUUCUUUGACUAUGGGGCUCUAAGUCUAUACAGUCUUGGUUCAGCAAUCAGCUACUCUGCAUAUGUUAUGCCUGAUGCAUGGGUCAAUAGCACCUUUCACAAAUUCUACAUCCCUAUCGCUGUAUUUAACACCAUCCUUUCAACCAGCACGGCCUGUUACUCAAGGCUUGGCUUACCAUUUCUUCACUUUAUCCAUGACAUCGAUGCAAGAUUCUCCGAGAGACAGAGCCUGAAGUUGAGUAAGGUGCUGCGAAUUCUAGCUUUUGCCUACCCCUACCUGUUUGACAACAUUCCUCUCUUUUACAGGUUAUUUCUGUGUGUUGGUGAGGGGUGCACUGAUAAUGAGGCAAACUCUCUUCAUGUUCAACAUACACUGUUCGCAUUUCUUACUGGAUUUCUGUUUGCAACGCAUCUACCUGAGAGACUGGCACCUGGAUGCUUCGACUACAUAGGCCACAGCCAUCAGCUGUUCCAUGUGUGUGGAAUUAUUGGGACGCACUUUCAGAUGAAGGCCAUUGAAACUGACAUGAUGCUAAGACGGUCAACGCUGCUGGUCAAUGCUCCAGACAUCACUUUAAGCAACACAUUUGGAGCUGCUAUGGCUUGUGUCUGCAUCAGUCUUGUGAUCAUAUACUUUUAUAGUCUACCUCUGCUUUCUAGAUCCUCACCCAACAAAGACAGAAGCACUAAUAGAAAGAAAUGUACUUCAUGAAAGCAAGGAAGAAAAACCUCCUCAACACACAGGGUGUGUUCGAAAGAUCGAUUGCUGUCUUGCACAAGUAUUUAAAUGACCAAAUCAAAUGUAUUUAGGACAUUUUUACUAGAUAAUGUGUUACAUAAGUACAUUAUAUAUUCACCCCGAGGUGGUUUGCAAGGUUACCGAAGCUAUGCAACCUGAGAUAAUGAGUAAUGACUGGGUAAAUGCAUUACUACAGGGGAGAGUAAGUACUGUAAAGGCACUGACUGUUAAUCUCAGAUCAUUAUAAGUUGUUGAAGGGUGUGUUCAACAGGCUACCAUUUAUUUUACGAUGUAUAGAUAAACACACUUAAAUGCUCACCUACGUAGUGGACUUCAACCAAUCAGCUAACAGCAUUAAACCACUGAGUAAAUAUCUGUGCACGUUUAACUGUAUGCACAAUUCUGCUAAAGUCUGCAGUGAUCAACCAUGAUUUAUGCUACACAUUUCCUACCUAUGAAAACGGCACAAUAUUUCAUACAAUAACACAGAGGUGUGUGGGAGGUAUUCAUUUUUUCCAUACCACCUGUUCACAUGUAUUGGUUCUGCAACACAGACAAAAAUAUUUAUUGUGUCCCGGAUUCUUUAUAAUAAAUAUAUUUAUUUCUACACA